AUGACGCGCAUCCCGACCCGCGAACUGUCCCGCUACCUGUUGAGUGGCCAGCUCUCUCGCCACGGCUGCCUGACCGCGGCAAGAACACCAUACUCCCGUUUGCCGGCUCGUCCCGUACCGGCAUGGUCGCCUGUCGCACCCCUACGAGAGCCGAGAGCAACGUAUGCGACCGUCCAGGCCGCCGCGACACCUGCCGAAGCACCACCGGUGCCCCUCCGGAAGAAGCUCAAGGAAGAAAAGAAGCAGCUUAAAAAGGAGGCGAGAAGCCAAAAGCCCAAGGGGAGCAACCAGACCGUCGAGGGCUGGGAGUUGACCGUCGGUAUCGAGAUCCACGCCCAGCUGAACACGGCCCGGAAGCUCUUCUCCCCGGCCGCCACCUCUUUCAACGACGACCCGAACUCGCACGUGGCCCUCUUCGAUGUCGCCGUGCCCGGUAGCCAGCCGACGUUCCAGAAGGAGACCCUCAUCCCGGCCCUGCGCGCCGCGUGUGCUUUGAACUGCGACAUCCAGCCCGUCAGUCGCUUUGACAGGAAACACUACUUUUGGUGGGACCAGCCCUCGGGCUACCAGAUCACCCAGUACUACGAGCCCUUCGCCCGCAACGGCCGGAUCGAGCUCACCGCCCGCGAUGGCAUCGCCGCCGAGGACGGACAAGGCGUCACCAUCGGCAUCCAGCAGAUCCAGAUGGAGCAGGACACCGCAAAGACCCUCGCCCAGCCCAACGACAUCUCCUGGCUCGACUUCAACCGUGUGGGCGUGCCCCUGAUCGAGAUCAUCACCAAGCCCGAGCUGCACCACCCCCGCACCGCCGCCGCCUUUGUCCGCAAGGUCCAGGUCCUGCUCAACGCCGUCGACGCCUGCGUGUCGGGCAUGGAGACGGGCGGUCUGCGUGCCGACGUCAACGUCUCGGUCCGCAGGACGGGCGACCCCAGCACCCCGCUGGGCACGCGAACCGAGAUCAAGAACCUGAGCACCAUCAAGGCCGUCGAGGACGCCAUCAUUGCCGAGCGCGACCGCCAGAUCGCGGCGCUCGAGGCCGGGGACACGGUCGCCAGCGAGACCCGCGGCUGGACCCUGGGCUCCAAGCACACGCGCAGGCUGCGGGGCAAGGAGGGCGAGGUCGACUACCGCUACAUGCCCGACCCCGACCUCGGCGCCCUGGUGAUUGGCGAGGACCUCGUGAACCACAUCAGGGAGUCCGUCAAGGAGCUGCCGGACGCCGAGCUGACGGAGCUGAUCCAGGACUACGACCUGACGGCCAAGGACGCGCUCUCGCUCAUGUCGCUGGACAACGGCGGCAGGCUCGAGUACUUUUACAAGGUCGUGGCCGAGCUCGGGGAAGCCCUGGCCGAGUCGGGCCGCGAGUCCGACCUGCGCACUCACGCGCCCCUCGUCGGCAACUGGAUUCUCCAUGAGCUCGGUCGGCUGACCACGGACAAGGCGGACCCGGGAUCGGCCCAGCAGUGGACGCUGGAGAUCACGCCCGAGGGCCGGUGCGACGCCGUGCCGCCCGCCGCCCUCGCCCGCAUCCUCCUGCACCUGCAGAAGCGCGAAAUCACCGGCAAGGUCGCCAAGGAGCUCCUGGUGGCGCAGUACCUGGGCAGCCUCGACGAGUUCGCCUCCGUCACGGACGCCAUCGCCGCCCACGGGCUGUGGUUCCGGGAGAUGUCCGAGUCCGAGUACCGGCAGCUCGCCGAGAGCGCCAUCGAGGGCGAGGACAAGGUGCUCAGGGAGUUCCGGGAUAAGAAGGACAAGAAGAACUACCCGCAGGGCAAGCUCAUGUACCUCGUCGGCAAGAUGAUGCGCAUCGGCGAGACGGAACGGAUCGACCCGUCAGGCGCGGAGAAGGUCAUGCGUCGGCUCAUAGAGGAGCGGACGAGCGCGCACCAGGAAUAA